AUGAUCCUCACUCAAAUCGCCGCAUGCUCAAAUCACCUACAUGAUCAUGAAAAGACCGUAGAAGUGUUCAAAACAUUGCGAGCUAUGGAUCCGCUUCGAAUAGACAAGAUGAAUCUCUACUCGGAUUCACUCUACAUUCGGGGCGAUCGUGUACAGCUAUGUGAUCUCGCUCAUUCUUUCUUUGAGACGCAUAAAUUCUCUUUCGAAACGUGUUGUAUAGUAGGUAAUUAUUAUGGACUCAGACGCGAAAACGAGCAAGCCAUUCGCUUCUUCCAAAGAGCGUUGAGAUUAAAUCCAAGUGUAGCCUCGAUAUGGGUGCUUAUUGGUCAUGAGUUUAUGGAGCUGAAAAAUAAUGCAGCAGCUUGCAUGUCAUACAGAAAGGCUAUCGAAGUGGAUCCAAAAGAUUAUCGAGGGUGGUAUGGGCUCGGUCAAAUGUACGACAUCAUAAAAAUGCCGACAUACUCUCUCUAUUACUAUCAACAAGCACAUCUGUGCAAGUAG